CAUAUUUCAGCCCUACGAUUUGCUUUAUUCGGGCCACUGAUAGAAGCAUACCCUGAGGCCAAAAUCAUUCUUGUCGAGCGAGAUGCUGAUAGCUGGUUCGAUUCUGUCCAAAAACCGGGUACGAGAUGGUUAAGGCCAAGUAUGCCGCUCAAAUGCCAGACUACAGCGCACGUCAUAUGCGCUUUUUCAUGAAAUUAUAACUCAAUGGUGUAUUGCUCGAUCCAGCGUUGAUGGCAGAUGCAGAGGCAGUGAAAGCUAGAUACUUGGCGUAUAAUGCAUGGGUUAAGGAGUAUGUGCCACAAGAUCGGUUGCUGGCGCUGAAGCUUGAAGAAGGCAUUAAUUUGGACAAGAUUUGUGCGUUUCUCGAUAAGCCUGUCCCCGCCGACCCUAUCCACGGAUUAAUUCUACCAAAGAGCUUAUCGAGGAGAUACCCGAUUUUUUAGAUCCCUCAA